CUCGGCGAUUUCAAUGAUUCGGCAAGAGACGAGGAGUCAGAUGAGACGGCGGACGUGUAUGGCUCUGUACCAUCGGACAAGCGCGAUAUGAUGCGUAUGGGCAAAGAGCAAGAACUUCGUAGAGUCUUCCGACAGGUCUCGCUCUUGUCUUUUACUGCUAUCUUGAUGGCGACCUGGGAAUUUGUUCUCAUGGCUUGUACGCAAGGUCUUGUUGACGGUGGCCGUGCUGGUUUGUUCUGGAGUUAUAUCUGGGUAAUGAUUGGGUACGGUUUCAUCAUCGCAAGUCUGGCUGAGAUGAGUUCGAUGGCUCCUACAUGUGGUGGACAGUAUCACUGGGUGUCAGAGUUCGCGCCUCCAAGUUGUCAGAAGUUCCUGUCGUAUAUCACAGGUUGGGUCUCGACUCUGAGUUGGCAAGCUGGAAACGCUUCCGGAGGCUUCAUCUGCGGUACGCUAAUCCAGUCCUUGAUCAUCAUCAAGAACCCCGACUAUGCCGCUCCUGGAUGGCAGGGCACGCUGCUCGUUUUCCCCGUCAUGCUUGUUUGUGUCGUCUUCAACAUCUGGUUGAACCAUUGGCUGCCAAGCAUGCAAAAUGCAGUCAUGGUUCUGCAUGUCGCUGGUUUCCUGGCAAUCAUGGUCAUCUUCUGGGUGCUCAGCCCGCAUGUUCCCGCCAGAGAGGUAUUCCUCGACUUCCAGAACGAUGGUGGCUGGCAAACGAUGGGUCUCGCUCUCAUGAUCGGUCAGAUUUCCGCAGUCGGUUUCCUGGGCGCCUCUGAUGCAGCAGCCCAUAUGUCCGAAGAGGUCAAAGAUGCUGGACUCUCGGUUCCAAGAGCUAUGUGGUGGACUUACAUCGUGAACGGCCUCCUUGGUCUGAUCAUGCUUGUCUCAUUCCUCUUCGCCAUGCCAUCUGUCGAAGACGCCAUCAACGACGUUACUGGCUAUCCGAUGAUGUACGCUUUCCAGCAGGCAAUGCCCAUGAACGGUACCAUCGUCUUGACAGUGUUGAUGAUGGUCCUCCUCAUGGCAGGUAACAUCUCAUAUCAAGCAUCGACAGCAAGACAGACAUAUGCCUUCGCUCGUGAUCGCGGUUUCCCAGGCUCGCGCUGGUUGGGAUAUGUCAACCCGAAGCUGAUGAUUCCAGUUAAUGCUGUCAUCUUCUCAGCAGUGUUCACCAUCAUCUUGUCGCUGAUCAACAUUGGAUCUUCAGCUGCCUUCAACGCUAUCAUCUCGCUGGGUGCUGUUGCACAGAUGGGAACAUAUGCUAUUUCGAUCACUUGCGUGCUGUACAGACGCCUGACAGCCCCGCACCUUCUCCCCAAAGCAAGGUGGAGUCUUGGCCGUUGGAGUGUCGUGAUCAACAUUGUUGGCCUUCUCUUUGCUUGGGAGGUCUUCUUCUGGUGCUUCUGGCCUAAUGCUCAACCGGUUACUGUCGACAACUUCAACUGGGCCCCGGUCAUGUUUGUCGCGGUUGUCGUGGGAGCCUUGAUUACCUACUACUUCCAAGGCCGUCGUGUCUACACAGGACCAGUGGCCAUCGUCCAAGGCCGUCAAGAGGAAUCACUGGCUGGCUGAUAGCAAUAAAGUCGGCAUCCUUAACGUGAAUAUAAGUCGCGAAACAGUGGUGUUCAUAGAUAAACGGUCGGUCAAAAUUAGGU